UGCAGGCCAGAUCCGGUUGAUGGUAAAAGGGUGCUGUCAUUUGUGAGGAAAUUGCAAAAACAUCCACUUUUCUUACAAAGCUUCUUAAAGCGAAACGAAACGAAACGUUUCCAAGCAUAUAAAAACAUGCAGUCCCUGCUGUGUACCUGGUUACAGCCAGUUACAACAUUCAUUCGCAAAACAAAACACGAAAAUUCGUAG